UGUUGGGCAAUGCAGACCAAUGGAGCGAUGCGGUCGGAGCCUCGCACAGCUCCAAUUUUGACUGCGCGGAAGGAAUCCGAGCGACCACAGCGAGCACAGCGACCAAUGAACGAGAGCCAACUGCUCGGCGCCAAAGGAGCUGGCGGCACUGGCAAGACACGCCACGCCCUGGGCCACGGCCAGGGCCAUGGAAAUGUCUUUGAACCAGAGCCAGCUCACACUGGUCAGAUCCGGCUCUUGGAAAGAGAAGGGAUGCCACAGAUGCCACCUACGACUUGGCAGAGUUGGCAACUACACCAGGUACAGCUACACAACUCGGGGCAAUGCUUUCCUUGUAUAGCUUUCGCUCUGAAGCCAGCAGGUUGCUUCAAAGGUGAUGAAUGCAGACACUGCCAUCUCUGCAACGCCGAGCAAGCAAAAGCAAGAAGGCGACAAUUGCAGCAGGCUGCACGCAGGCAGAAGAGGAGGACAGGUGAGACGAGGCGGCCGGAGUCUGAGCAAGCAGUGCUUGAGCCGCCAGCACUUGGCCGGGGCCCAUGCAGCCCAAGUGUCCCAGGUGCGCCAUGUGUUGGCUCAAGCAGCAGCUAUAGCGUUGGCGUCCCUCAUGCAAAACCCUCCAACUUGUUGUCGAAUGGUCAUCAAGUCGAGGUUGGAAGAAUCGGGAGCCUCAGUUAUUACACUGAACCAAGCACAUCGUUUUGGCUACGACUCCCAAUUUGGAAAAGAGUGUAUGAAUUUUGUGCUGGAUCUAUUUUUCGUUUGUGUCCAGAGCGCUCGACUCGUGAAUUUUGGUUUCUAUCGUUGUGCAGUUGUAUUGAAGUAUUGUGACAAGCGAUUACACUACAGCUCUUGGACGCACGAAGCACACGUUCCAGCCCGACGGCUUGCCUCCACCCAAUCUCCAAUAGCAAAUGACACACUUUGGUUCCCUGCUUCUCCUAACGUGCUGAACCUUGUGGAUUCAAGCCCGCUUGACAGUGUUUUGAUGCAAGUGUAUUUUCUUUGCAAGUCUUUUAGAUCAAUUUCGGAUCAUAUGGCACAUCGAGCGGUAGCCCGGAUGCGUAUACCGACCGGCUGAAAGAUAGAAUAUUG